AUUCCUUGGCCACUCUCUAGCCCACAAGAGUUGAGACAACAAAGUUCAGUGACUGUGAGGGCUGAGCAGAGGCUGACGAAGUGGAGGAAACAGUUUGGAGCCCUGAGUAGUGGUAAAGGACCGUCCAGCUCCCAGAUGCUGGGCUUUCUGGGGAGCCUGACCCUGGUGGGCUGGGUCAUGGGCACUCUGGUGGCUGUCCUGCUGCUGGUGAUGCUACUGGCUACCUGCCUUUUCUACAGACCACAGGAAGAUGACAGAGAGAGGAACCAUCUGGCAGUAGAGGAAAAUCGAGCCCAGAGACUCAGGCCCCGGCUCUUCCAUCGCCGGCAUCCUGGCCAUGUGUCUCCUCUGCUCAGUGCGGGUCUCCAGCAGCACCAGCUGCACCACCAGGCCCAUCUUCAGCACCUCCAGCAGGCCCACCGGUUCCAUCGUCAGUGCCACCACCAGCUCCUCCAGCAACACUACCAGGACUUCCAGCAUCACCUCCAGAACUUCCAGCACCACCUCCAGCACCACCACCAGGCCCUCCACCACCCCCUUCAGCACCACCACCUUCACCAUGCCCAUGGAGGCCUCCACUGAUGCCUGUCCUGCCCUCCCAUUCAUCACUAACAUGAGUGGACCCCGC